GGUCUCAUUGCGAGAUCGGACUCAGGAGGCGGUUCUCAAGGUCGUUAUACUGAGCAGCGCUGAGAUCAUUGCGAUUGGUCCUGUUGCACUUGCGAUCCUGUCUUCCCGCUGCGGAACAUAGCGAGGCCUUUACGGACAUUCCGAUCCUACCAUCGACACCGGGCUCCAUGUCCAAGCCGCAUAUCAUACAUGAGGAUGCGUUCUUCGCUUCACUCCCCCUGUCAGACUAUCCAGCUCUGCCCUCGAACGUGGGCAACAGAGGGCGUACACCUAUCUUCCCUCGCAUGGCCCUCACCUCCAGCGACUCAUCCAUGAUACUCGGCGAAACCGACUUCCCGUCCACACUCCCCCUCGAGCCCCCACUCCCGCUCGAGAUCCUCAUGCAGAUCCUCGAGUACACCGCCUCCCUCUCCCGCCCCUCCGCCGCAUCCGUCUCGUUAGUCUCCGCCUGGGCGCGCAAGCUCGCGCUCCCGCACCUCUUCCGCGCGCUCGUGCAUCGCAAGGUGCCGCUUGCGAACGUGACCGUCCUCUCCGCGACGCGCAGCGCCUCGCUCCCCGCCUCGCGCACGCCGCUGCCCACGCACCUCGGACAGUACGUCCGCGCGCUCUGGACGGAGAGCAUCGGCAUGGCGUCGCCCACAAGCGAGAUGGACAUCUUCCGCGCGUGCCCCGCCGUCGAGCACCUCGCGCUUCCCGCCCCCGCGCUCCGCACGCUCUACAUGGUCUGCCAGACGUUCGACAAGCACGAUCGGGUGCAUGGCCGUCGUGGGCCGGGCAGCGGGAACACGCUGCCGUUCCUCUCCGCGCUGCGGGAGGUGACGCUCCUGAGUCACACGCUGCGGUACGAGUGGCACUUCCUCGUCGGGCUGCGCAUCCCGGACGGCCGUACGCUCCUGGGGAACAUCACGCACCUCCGGAUGCUCGACAUGCAGAUCAGCGCGUACGUCCCGCAUGCGCACCUCUCGAAUCUGACGCACCUCGCGCUGCCGUACCUGGACCUAGGCGCGAACAUCAGCCACGACCUCCUCCGCCUCCCGGAGGGCGUGCUCGAGCACCCCAAGUUGAAGAUGGUCGUGCUGACGGUGGACGAGCGCAAGUACCUGCAUAAUCCGUGGUACCAUAUCGUGCGCUACUCUGCGGCGGGCACGGGAAACGUGCGGUACUCGUCGCCGAGGGAGAGCUUCCGUGAGCUAGUCAAGCAGGCGCAUUUGAAGGACAAGCGGGUGCACGUCAUAUUGUCACCGCGCAUUGGCCAAUCUGCUGUCGACGAGUGGGAUGCUGCCGCGCGCGGAGGUGAGAGCAUAUGGGAGAUCGCCGAGAGAGUGCGGGGCGACGAGCAGUAUGGCAUGGAACUGCCUUCUACUUACGCACCGGGCAUCCGUCGGUGAGGCGUUCCCAACCACCCCGGCAUCGCCCUUAAACCUGAAUUGUACGAUGCUAUUCAAUCAACUAUAAUAAUCUUGCACCUUCUCCGACUUGCUCGCU